AAAGUUGGCAAAAGGGUCUACUCAGAAAGCCAUGAAGUAGCACAAACAUACAAAAACCAUACACAUCAGUUUCCUACUUGCACAUACCUUUUAGCUUUUUCACUUUUUUUAUUCAACACAUUCAUCAAUACAAUCUCUUCCUGCACGUUCACCUAUAUCUAUAUAUAUAUAUAUAUAUAUAUAUAUAUAUAUAUAUAUAUAAUCUGUGUAAUGUGCUUGGAGAGGGCAGCAUCAACGCAAUGGCCAUUCAAAGAAGUGAGAGAUUGGAGGGCAUCUGCAAGGAAAUUCACGAUUCAGCAAACCGGCUAAUUCCAGUGGUGAUGAGUUUAAGCCAGCUCGAGUGCAGGAAAGUUCGAGAAACAUAUAUGAGGCUCUACGGAGAGGAUCUAGCUCAACUUCGCCCCAUAAUUAAUCCUCACAACCUUGUUUUAACUUUGAUGAUGCUGAAUCCAUUCGAGCGCGAUGCAGCACUCGCCAGAAAGGCUCUUCACCUAAACAGCAACUACAAACCCCUCAUCGAGAUAUACACUACUCGAAAAUCGAGCCACGUUCUUCUCACACACCAAGCUUAUCAUGCAAAAUACAUGAGCCAUCUGGACCUAGACAUUGCUGGUAUCGAGCCUCCUCAUCCUUUCCAAAAGAUCUUGUUGGCGCUGUCUGCAUCGCACAAGGCGCAUCAUGCGGAGACGAGCCAGCACAUUGCUAAAUGCGACGCCAAAAGGCUAUACGAAACAGGGGAGGGGAAGGCGCGUGCUGGUAUUGAUGAGGCUGUUGUUAUUGAGAUUUUUAGUAAAAGGAGCGUCGCGCAGCUCAAGCUCACGUUUUCCAAUUACAGCCAUAUCUACGGCCACAGUUACACCAGCUUUCUGAAAAAGGUAGAUUGCGGAGCAAUUGGAGAUGCGGUGAGAUCCGUUGCAAAGUGCAUAUGCAAUCCGGCAGGAUAUUAUGCUAAGGUUGUGUAUGGUUGGUUCAAGGGAGAGACGAGCGACGAAGGGGCGAUUGCGCGCGUGGUGGUGAGCCGGGGAGAGGCGGACAUGGGCGAGAUAGAGAAGCAUCUGAAGAAGAAAUACAGCGUGGAGCUGAAAGCCGUGAUCUGCGAGAUGAUUCCACAAGGGAAUGAGAGAGAUCUUCUGCUUGCAAUGGCCACUCCAAAAUCACUCCCAUAUCUAUAAAGACGUUAGUCAUUGGGAAUUUGAGAUAACCUACUUUAUACAUAUGUUGCAUCAUUUUGUAACAAAAUGGUAGUAUUGUUUAGUAUUUCCAAAUCCUAUUUGGCCUAAACCAAAUUAUUGGACUGAAACAUGUUUGUCUAGUAUGUGAUGGAUACAAGAUCCAAACGAGUAUUGUUUGUGACAAUACUCUAUUCAGAUGGUUUUUUCCAACCUUUUUUUUAAAAAAAAUCUUGAUGCAAA